GGCAUUGUCAGGCGGCGGCGGCGCGCGGGCCCGAGGGAGUGUGUGUUGGUGGUUUGCGGGCGGCGGCGGCCUAGGAGAAGGCGUGAGGUCGCGGCGGCUCCGUCGGCGGACGGAGGCGAGGCCCGGCAGCGCAAGCGUGAGCGCGGCCAAGCCCGCGGCACUUCCCGGCGGGUGGGGACGAGCGGGCCCCGCGGCGUCAUCGGCGGCGAGGAGCCGCCGCGCCCCGGCCUAGCAUGUCGGAAGCGGGUGAGGAGCAGCCCAUGGAGACGACGGGCGCCACCGAGAACGGACACGAGGCCGCCCCCGAGGGCGAGUCUCCGGCCGGGGCCGGCGGCGGGGCCGCGGCGGGCACUGGAGGCGGGAGCGCGGCGCCCCCGGCCGGCAACCAGAACGGCGCGGAGGGCGACCAGAUCAACGCCAGCAAGAACGAGGAGGACGCGGGAAAAAUGUUCGUUGGUGGCUUGAGCUGGGAUACCAGCAAAAAGGACCUAAAGGAUUAUUUUACCAAAUUCGGAGAGGUCGUUGACUGUACAAUAAAAAUGGAUCCCAACACUGGCCGGUCAAGAGGGUUUGGGUUUAUCCUCUUCAAAGAUGCAACUAGUGUGGAGAAGGUCCUAGACCAGAAGGAGCACAGGCUGGAUGGCCGUGUCAUUGAUCCCAAAAAGGCCAUGGCCAUGAAGAAGGACCCAGUAAAGAAAAUUUUUGUGGGGGGUCUGAAUCCAGAAGCCACUGAGGAGAAGAUCAGAGAGUACUUCGGCGAGUUUGGGGAGAUUGAAGCCAUUGAGCUUCCAAUGGAUCCAAAGUCGAACAAAAGACGAGGCUUUGUUUUCAUCACUUUUAAAGAAGAGGAACCUGUGAAGAAGGUUCUGGAGAAAAAGUUUCACACCAUCAGUGGAAGUAAGUGUGAAAUCAAGGUGGCUCAGCCCAAAGAGGUCUAUCAACAGCAGCAAUAUGGCUCUGGGGGUCGCGGGAACCGAAACCGAGGGAACCGAGGCAGCGGUGGUGGCGGUGGAAGUGGAGGAGGUCAGAGUCAGAGUUGGAAUCAGGGCUACGGCAGCUACUGGAACCAGGGCUACGGCUACCAGCAGGGCUACGGGCCCGGCUAUGGCGGCUACGACUACUCGCCCUAUGGCUAUUACGGCUACGGCCCCGGCUACGACUACAGUCAGGGUAGUACAAAUUACGGGAAGAGCCAGCGACGCGGUGGCCAUCAGAAUAACUACAAGCCAUACUGAGGCUUCGGCAGGAGUGCCCGACCGACCGCACACGCUUUGUUUGGAUAUCGAGUGAACACAAACAAUUAUGUACCAAAUUUAACUUGGCAUACUUUCUAUGGCCUGUCCCAUGUGCAUCUUAUUUAAAAUGUCCCCUGGAAAUCACUCUCCUGUUUACUAUUUCCAGAGCUCUAGUUGUUUAGGCAGCGUGUGGUGUCUCAGAGGCCGGAGCGGUAUUAUGGGCUGAUUUUAUCACCGGGUUACGCAGAACCAGAUUAGAGAGUGCUUCCCGCUGCCGCUCUGCAGCCUGGACCUGUGGACCCUGGUUGUAAAGAGUAAAUUGUAUCUUAGGAAACCAGUGUCACCUUUUUUUCACCUUUUAAUUUUAUAUUAUUUGUGUCAUACAUUUCCUGUAAUGGAAGUGUUAAUUUUACUGUACUUUUUGGUACCUUUUGGGAAUCUAAUGUAUUGUAAGGUAUUUUACACGUGUCCUGAUUUUGCCACGACCUGGAUAUUGAAGCUAUCCAAGCUUUUGAAAUAAAAAUUUAAAAACCCCCAA